AUGUCCUGGCUUGGAAUUAUAGCCGAUGAAACUCAAACUUUGGAUAAGAAAUUUUUUAAAAUUUCAAAGCAAAAUUCUAUUGUUUUUUCAGUUUUUGAGUUUUAUCGUCGACUUCAUUUAGAAAAGAUAUUUUGAGGAAAAUUUUAUAAGGCUCAAAAGAUUCAAAUCGCAGUUGAAGAAUUAAUAUGAUGCAUUCAAAUUGUAGCUUUUUUGUGGGUCCCAAAAAUCUCAAUCAAAAACUGAAGCAAAAAUGAAUUGAUAUGAAGUAUUAUUAAUUUCCUUAGAAUUGAUACAGCAUGCUCGAGUCUUGGAAUUAUGGGUGAAUGCCUAUAUUUUUCAAUUUGGAUUGCAUUUUUUAAUUUUUUGGGUACCCUAGUUUUAAUUUUCUUUAUUUACCGUUCUAUCAAUAUACCUCAUACAAUUUUAACAAUAUUUAGAAAAAUACUUUACUUAUGAGUGACUCUAAUCUCUAUACCUUCUAUGAUUUUAUUUUCCAUAUUUUUGAAAUAUAAUUUUUCGACACGAAAAGAAGUGGAAGAGUACAAAAGUCACAAUAAAUUCAGUGAUUUUGAGAUAAAUACUCCAUGACAAGCACUGAUCGUUAUUGCAAUGGUAGUCGCAUUUAUUCUGCUUUUAUUUUUUGCUGAAUUUUCCGGAGAAAUUAGGCAUUCUGCAGCUUUAAAAAAUUUGGGGUCAAGAGCUCAUUCAAAAAUUGAAGUCCAUAAAGCGAUUUUUACUUAUUCAUUUCCAGUUCUUUAUGCUGUUUUUGCAGAAGAUCAUAUUGCUUAUUUUCAAUUUUAUGCAAUGAUUAUUUCAGGAUUUUUUGCAAUAGAAUCUAUGGCUCUUAACCCUUAUUAUUCUCUUUAUUACUAUGUUAUAGUAAUUAUUCGAUUUUCUGUAGUUGCUCUAAUAUCCUUUAUAUUUCUUUUGGGGUAUUGAGUAAACAACUCUUUGCUAGUUACUUUGCUAACAAUAAUUUUGGUGCCUUUGUACUCAAUAUUAAUUAUUACAUAUGCUUUGAAAAUUUGCAGAAAAAGCACCAUAAAAAAUGUUCCAGAAAACUUAGUAGGCAUAAGCUCUAAGUAUUCUUUGGAAAAAUCACUAAGGAAAAUAAUAAUAAAUAAUUUAAUAUAAACUAAAAUUAAUCUUUUAGUGUAACUUGCUCUGUUUGAGAUCUCAGUGAAGUAGAAUAGUAUUUAUAGCUUUUUUUUUUCUUUUCAUAAAUAUUAACUUCACGAUAAAUUGCAACAUAUUUUUUGUUCUAAGCUAAAAAGGUGAAGUCAGAUAUACUUUAUGCUCUAAUAACUUGGACCAAAAAAACAAAAUUAUUUACAUUUUCGAAAAAUACUUUUUAGAAAGAUCAUUGAAUAGAGAUAAGCUUCAAGUUAUAUGAGCAGCGAAUUAUUGCUUAUUUUCACUAAAAGAUGAAUCAUUAGCAAAAUUCAAAUUAUCCCCUAUAAAUUUAAAUAUUUAAAUUAAAAUAAUGAUAUAAAAUUAUUAUUAUUAUAAAACCUUCGAGAGGCUUAUUCUCCAGAUAAAAGUUUAAAUAAAAUCAAAAAUGUUUCUGAUUACAGCCUGGAAGCAAAUUAUCAAGAAUAUUUAUGCAAGAAAAAAAUCCAAAGUUUUCCUCCUAGUGAAAGCACAAAUUUCCUGAACUACUUUCAACGCUUAAAAAAAUUAAAAAAAGAAGAUAUCAAACUAUGCAUAAAUUUAGUAAAAUUUUGAAAAGAAGCCACUGCAAGUAAGCCUUCUCUCAGGAUAUUAAUAAAAUAUCUAAAUUUCAUUAAUUAUAGCAUAGAAUUCCUUAAAAAUUAAAUUAAAAUGUUUAAAGUCUUCUUUGCAAUUGUCUUUUACUCUGCCACUUUUGGAUGGAGUCACCUGAUUGCCAGGUAUAAAUUCAGCAGCUAUUUUUAAUAGUGAUUUAAUCUAUCGGCAGGGCUUUAAUUCUACUCACCAAAGGUCUCGAAAUAGAGAGGACUGCUCCGUUAGAAAGCCAUUGAGUAUUAUAAAGGGAAGGUUAGCUUGAUACCUUGCCGGCUAGGGAAAAAAGAACCAUGCCCUCCGAAACUAGAAAGGAAAAGCUGUUGUCCAAAAUUCAUCCGCAUAACUAAUAUUUGGUCAAGAUGCCACCGCCAGCUUAAUUCCAAAUAAUCAAGAGGAUACAGAGGUGCUAGGCAUGCCAAUGGCUAGAGCUAAAAGGCUUAAACCUUGGUAUAGACUUUUAAAUGAUUUUCGAGGCCAAGCUGAUGUAUCGACCAUUGAUAGAAUCUUUAGAUUCCUUAACAAGGAAUAUCCUCAAUUAAUGACCAAAUUUUUCAAUUCUAGAGAACCCAUUUCUCUUUAUUCAUCAUAUACAGGAGGACUUCUUUAUAACUAUGAAAAAUCGGCUUUUCUUGAAAACAAAUUUAGAUAUUUAAAUAGAAUUAUGCAGAAUUCUCAAAAUAAUUCAAAGAAUUUAGAUUAUUUUAACGAGAAUAAUGGAAUCUUGAUUAUUUCAACUGAAGAAGAAAAUUUUGGAGAAAUUUUUUACGCAAACCAAAAAGCUGCAGAAAUUCUGAAAACUCCUUUAGAUUUCCUUUUAGGUGCCAGUAUGUCGUCUUUUACCCCUUCUUGCUAUAAGGAAGCAUUUAGAGAUGAAAUCAAGAGAAAUGUUCAUUUUCAGGCAAAAUCAGAAUUGGAUUUAAAUGAUGGAUUUUUUUUAACCCUUCCGACUGGUUUUCUAUUGGAAUGCACAGGAAGAUCAUCGAUUACUUGUAUAAAUAGUUACAAUGUCAAUAUUUUUGCUUUCAAAACAAAAGAGCCAAAAUAUCAAUCUGCUUUAAUUUCAGAAUCAGGAGAAAUUUAUUGCCAUUCUGAAUAUUUUUCGAAAUUUUCGAAUUUUGCUAAUAGCAAUUUAGUUGGAUAUUUUUUGAAAAAUUUGUACUCUGGCUUAGAUAAAGAUUAAAUUCUAGCAGGUUUACAUAUUAUUGCAUCCCCUUGCUGUCUCAAAUCAAAUUAAGAGUUUUAAGGUCUUCCAGAUUUGAUACAUUCGCCCCUCGAUCAAAAACCACUUAGAAAGUAACUGCUAUGGGGUUCUUAUCCUUUGUGCUUUGGAUCAACUCUCGAAUCUUUAGAGGCCACCAUUUUAUUAAUUCGUUCUUGCUUACUCUCCCCUUCAUGAACGAGCAAAAUCAUUGGAAAAAUCUUUAAUAAUUUUAGUAAAAAACUCUAGCUCUUGAGCGACAAAAAUUUAAUAUUGUAAUUUUUUAUGAAAAAAUGGUAUUUUUGAUUGCUAUUAUAAUAUUUUUCUCUGACUAAUUCUGUUUAAUCUCAAGCACUCGCAUUUUAAACUUUAAAUUUUACAAAUUAAAUUAAUAAUUGCUUUUCAAAUUUGCAAAUUUAGAUAUUUUUAAAUUUCGAGAAAAAGUUUAACUAAAUUUUUUUUGUUCGCUCACGGAGAGCAGGGUAGUUAGAAGAAUUUAAUUUAAAGCCAUUCACUCCAUAUAGCUUACGAAAUUUUGAAAAAGAAACGAUUCUUGUCUUAUUAAGCUUUGUAUUUUAUAGGCUUAAGAUUCCAUAUGUAAUAUUGACAGAUGACCCUGAAGAAAUAAAAAAAUGAAAAAAUGGUGUUUUUGAGCGACCAAAUUACACAGCAGAAGAAGAAAAAGGACAAGAAAGUAGCCAAAUAUCUUUAAAUUUAUCAAUUUCGCUGAACUCAGAAGAGAACAGCCCUGAACUAAAGAAAGAAAUCCAUCAAGACUAUAACGAAUCCAAAGCAAGCCUAAAAUCAAUAAAUUUAAACGAUACUUCAGAAAUUGACGAAAACAAAUUUGAAGAGGCUCCAGGGGAAAAAUCCCCAGCAUCCCACUCUUCACAAAAAUCAUUUCUUGGGAUGAUAAUUACAUCUUCACGGUCGAUAAACAUUUUGCACGCAGUUUACGUGCUUUCUGUAAUUUUUAUGCAGAUUUUGGUCUUAAUUGCUACAAAUAUUGCAGUUUUAAUUUUCGCAUACUUGAACAUAGGUUUUGUCAGUAAGAUUACAUUCCCAGUCACUGUUGGGAACCUGGGAGAAUUUUUUCAGCUUGCUGCAUUUAUGUCAAGAAUACUUUAUUUUAACCCAUCUAACUAUAGUGAAGGUGUAGCAGUUAUGUAUUAUGGUAUGCUAAAUAAUAUUGCUGAGCUAGAAAAUUUCUAUUUAGAUGCGACAUCAAAUUUAGAAAGCUGAGACUAUUGCUCAAGCAAAAGCAUUUUUACUGAUAAUAAAAUUAAUCUAUACGACCCAAUAAGCGAAACUUAUAAAAAAACAAAUUUAUUGGACACAACUGCUUUGUUUAUUCAAAAUGUAAAAAAUAUAUAGGGAAAUGAGAUGCUUACAAAAUUCAAAAAUUCAGGCAAUUUUUCAAAAGAAGCAAGGUUUUUAGCACUUAAUGGAUAUGGAGAUGCAUUUCAUUAUAGCAAUAGCUCGUUAUAUGAAAUUAUUGAAUGCCAGAAAUCCAAAAUCGAUGAUUUUCAUACUGAAAUGAUCUUGCUUUUAAUUUUAGGAAUUCUUGUUCUAGCCGUUUGUAUUUGCAUAUUUUCUCCCUUUUGCUAUGCAUCAAUAAAAAUUGAGAAUAAUUUUUGGAACAAAAUAAGACAAAGUGCUAGUGAGCAUUAUUUCGAGCUGACCCAAUCAAGCCUCGAAAGACUAAUUAGAGUUCAUAAUCAGCCAGAAAUAGAAAUGAAUAAUAAAAGCCCGUCUAAAAAGCCAUUUAAUUUCAAAAAUUAUUGAAAAUAUAUUUGAAGAGUUUCACUAUUUUUUAUUAUUGCAUUAGCAUUUUCUUUGAUAAAUAUUUUAUAUCUGUAUCAGCAAUGUGUUGACUAUUUGUCUUAUAGGCCUGAGAUAAUCAGAGAUCUAAUACAAUUGAGGAUGCUAUAUGAUGGUUUAGGUGUCUGGCAAAGCGAGCUAAACUUAAAAAGGCUUUAUGCUUCUGAUGAAAAUUGAAUAAAAUUUACACUUCCUUUUAAGCAUGACCAAAUAUCAAUGACUGACACCAUAAAUAAAAUAAAGCAUACAGAGGUUUUGCUGAGAAAAUCUAACUAUGCAAGCAUUUUAUCAGAAAAAAUAAAGAAGACUUUAUAUGAAAGCAUUGAUGAUGAAAUUUAUAAUGAAUUUAUAUAUGGACUAUAUUCUGCUGCAGGAAUAUCAAUAUUUGAUAAUAUUUUCCUUGCAUAUGAGAGUAGCGAUGCAAAUUUCUGAUUGUAUGAAAUUAUAGUGCUUAAUGAAAUUUAUUUCAAAUGAAAUGAAUUGAUCGAUGAAGCUGAUCAUCAUUCUCAAUCUGUAAUUGAUAGACAAAUCAGCAUCAUAAUUGCUAUUUUGGUGAUUUUUAUCGCUAUUUGCUUUCUAAUGUAUUUUGUAAUCUAUCUCAGAUUUUUCAAUGAAGAAAAGAGGUCUUUACGUAAAAUGAAUACAAUAUUGGAAAUCAUGCCAUAA